AGAUCAGAUGACGGACAAGGCACGCAUUCCCAUAACAUUGUUUGUUGUAAUUGGUCUUGAUGACGUCAUAAAUUGGAUUAUAUUUCCGCUAGUUUGGAAAUCGGUCGCGCGUACGAAAGUAUAAUCCUACACGCUCUUUCUGGUUCUGGGUAGAGUUUGGAUUCACUCUCAGCCCAUGAAAAUUACGAAGAAGCCCAUUAAGCCCAUGUAAAAUACGAAAACGCCCAUACUGGGCUUCAGGGCCAUGAUUGAAAGCCCAAAACAUGAGCUGAUAUGGUUAAUGAUGUCGUGUCUUCUUCUCAUUCGUAGCAUAAUUCAGAAUUCAGAUAUGGCAAUUGGAGCCUCACUUCUCAUCAACUGCCAGAGGUUGAAUGUAUUUUUCUGAACAAAAGGCCCUGAUGUUUUCACACUCAACCAGUGGAAGACAAUAGAAAUUUAAGAAUGUGCUGAAGAUCAAUAGCUCAUCCUGCAAAUUAGAUUAAGUUUGUGUUUCGUUCCGAUGCAAAGUCAUACUAUUCUAUAUGGCAAGGCCAGAGCAUCAUUCAAUUUUGGAACAAAACCAAACCCAAAACUUGGUUCAACAAGUCCCUCUGAAUUUCCCACCAUAAUUCCUGGGAGAACACAUGUUAGAUCAUAUCUUAUUAGGGCCAAAAUUCCAAGUUGCCACGCAUUCGAAAGAAGCGUAAACCAAGCAGAAAUGACUGAUGAAGAUGAUGAUCUGUGUCCAGUUGAAUGCGUUAGAGAAUUUAAGACUGACGAGGAAUUGUUCAGAAUUCUCGAAACGGCCAAAAAAAGGGGUUCUUUAGUCGUCGUAGAUUUUUUUCGCACAUCAUGUGGAAGCUGCAAGUACAUAGAGCAGGGGUUUUCAAAGUUGUGCAAGGGAGCUGGCAAUGGAGAAGCCGGAGUGAUCUUCUUAAAGCAUAAUGUAAUUGAUGAGUACGAUGAACAAUCCGAGGUUGCAGAGCGACUUAGAAUUAAGACGGUGCCCCUCUUCCAUUUUUACAAAGAUGGGAUUCUCUUGGAGGCGUUCCCAACCAGAGACAAAGAGAGGAUUAAUGCAGCCAUUAGUAAAUACACAUCGCCAGCAUCCGAAGAAGAUGAUGCUUGAGUUACAUUAGUUAUAGCAAUCCAAUCCCCAACAUAUAUAUAGGUUAUAAGAUAAGUGCUUUGGACUCAUUUGUGGAUUGUAAUAUAUUGGAGCUCCGAUAUGUUGGAUGAGAUUUCAUUACUUUAUCUAUAUACAAAUGAUGUCAAAGUCUUACUGGCGCCAAGUGUGAAGGAAUGCUAGACGUCUGGUAAUUUCUUCUCGGACCAAAAUAAAAUAUCCCAUUAAAGCUUGAGACAACUUGUGAAUUUCCCUUAUGGCGAAAAGAAUUGGGAAGAAGUUAUUAAUAAUAGAUUACCGA